CUUUAUGGAAAUUACACACAGGAGUUAAGCUCCUUUGCUAAGUUUCAGGCAGCACAAAAUGCCGCAAGAAUACAAGCUGUGGCGGAAGGAAGUGAAGAGAAAGCAAAGAAGUUACACAGAUUUAAUUCCAUCUGGAAGUUCUUUAGAAGAUGUGCUGAAGUAAGAGAUGCUGUCUUCCUCAAAGUCGGAGAAGACUGGAUAUUUUUAGCUAUACUUGGCAUUUUAAUGGCUAUUUUAAGCUUCAUCAUGGAUUUUGUCAUUGAAAAAUGUCAGGAAGCUAAAUUCUGGCUGUAUGAGGAGCUUCAGUUCUCUGUGGGUCUCCAGUACUUGGCUUGGGUCAGCUACUCCAUGCUGCUGAUCCUGUUUGCAGUAGGCUUCACACACCUGGUGUCCCCACAAGCUAUUGGUUCAGGUAUCCCAGAGAUGAAGACAAUUUUAAGAGGAGUGGUAUUGAAAGAAUAUUUGACAUUCAGAACACUUGUCUCAAAAGUUAUCGGACUUUGCUGCUCUCUUGGGAGCACACUGCCGUUUGGAAAAGAGGGACCAUUUGUUCACAUAGCCAGUAUUAUGGCCACCGUUCUAAGCAAAGCAAUAGGAUCUUUCAGGGGCAUUUAUGAGAAUGAGUCUCGCCGUACAGAAAUGUUGGCUGCAGCUUGUGCUGUUGGCGUGGCUUGCACAUUCGCUGCCCCAAUUGGAGGUGUUCUUUUCAGCAUUGAGGUCACAGCAACUUAUUUUGCUGUCAGGAACUACUGGCGAGGGUUCUUCUCUGCUGUCUGUGGAGCACUGGUCUUCAGAUUAUUGGCGUUUUGGUAUAAAUCUGAAGAGACUCUGACUGUCAUGUUUCGCACAAAUCUUAGAACAGAUAUUCCGUUUGACGCGCUGGAGUUAUUUGCCUUUGCUUUCAUAGGAGUUGCCUGUGGAUUUGGUGGCCCACUGUUCAUCUUAGCCCACAGAAAUGUCAUUUUGUUUACCAGGAGACGCAAAAAGCUCUCACGGUUUCUGCAGAAAAAUCGAUUCAUUUAUCCAAGUGUUAUCACAUUCGUCAUUGCAUCUUUAACAUUCCCACCUGGUCUGGGGCAGUUUUUCGGUGGAGAGUUGACUGGGAAGAAGGCCAUCAAUGAUCUGUUCAGUAACUUUACCUGGGCUGAUGGACAGCCAGAAAACUUGGAUGAUGAAGUUAAACUGAGUCAUUGGAAUCAUCCACUCACCAAUAUCUAUGUGACUCUGGUUCUUUACAUUGUGAUGACUUUUAUCACAGCUGUGUUUUCCAAUACUUUACCCAUCCCUGCUGGAGUGUUUGUACCUGUUUUUACCAUGGGUGCUGCUUUUGGCCGUCUGGUUGGUGAGAGCAUGGCUGCCUGGUUCCCCGAAGGAAUUAUGUCUGGUGACUCAAUGAAGAAGAUUAUACCAGGUGGUUACGCUGUUGUAGGUGCUGCAAGUUUGUCUGGAAGUGUCACCCGCACCAUCUCUACAGCAGUCAUUGUCUUUGAAGUCACUGGACAGAUUAGUCACAUACUGCCUGCUGUGAUUUCUGUACUGAUAGCCAAUGCUGUGGCCAACUUGUUGCAGCCUUCAUUUUAUGACAGUAUUAUCAAGUUGAAGAAGCUGCCUUACCUCCCAGAUAUCAUCUCCACCAAGUCCAAUGCUUGGUUGUUAUACGUGGAAGACUUCAUGGUGAGGGAUGUAAAAUUUAUCUCCUUUGAUGCGACAUAUGCUGAUCUACAAGAGCUGAUAAUGAAUACCAAGCAUAGAUCAUAUCCUCUUGUUGACUCCAAAAGCUCUAUGAUCCUCCUCGGAUCAAUACAGCGUUUUGAACUGGAGCGCAUCCUACUAAUCCAUAUGAGUCUUGACCAGAAGAUCAUGUACAGCUUUGAUCAUGGGAUUGCCUCUCUCCUAGCUAAGACAGUCCAGAGUGCUGCAGCAGUCCCAUCGAUCUCACUUGUGUCUGAAACAGCUUCGGGAGGAGAUGGGGAUCGAGGAACCAAGGAGAAGCAGAGGUUCCAGGUGACCCGUGUGGAUGCAAAUGAGGAAGCACAGAUGAAAGAGAGAGAAGCCAGAGAUGACCCUCUGAAGCCAUCCGGUACAAAUAUUCCAAUGCAACUGUUGUCGGUGCCAGGACAGACAAUCAACUACCAUGGAACAAUGGACAGUCAGAGCAAUUACUACACCAUUCAAGCCCCUCUGAGAUCUAUACUCAAGAAGUCUGCAUCGGCCUCAAAUCUUCAACGAGCUCGUAGUACAGGCGACCUGAGAGCGGAGAUGAACAAUUUUUACCGCAAGUUGUCGAAACAGAGAAAGGAGAGCAUUUUAGAGGACAGGCCUUUCACACUGGAUAAGGGGAGUUUAACAAGCUUGUACAAGAGAGUUAAAGUGUCAGCAGACCCAAAACCCACCAAGAUCAAGAACCUGCCUAUUGCAGAUCAAGAAGCUUGGGAACAAGAAAGACUUCGACAGCCGAUAGUCUGGGAGGGAGUGCAGAUUGACCCUGCCCCAUUUCAGUUGGUGGAGAGGACAUCACUGCACAAGGUUCAUUCUCUGUUCUCUUUGCUUGGACUCAGCCAUGCCUUUGUCACCAACACAGGCUGUCUUGUUGGGGUGGUUGGCCUCAAGGAGUUACGAAUUGCAAUUCAAGGAGAGAUUGAGCACCAGGGAGACGGGAAGAAGAUAGUAACCGACUCUAAGCUUGCUGAAGAGGAGAGAGCUGCUCAGGAUGAGGAAACAGCCCCCAUCGAUGAUGCACAGCUUGAAGUCGUAGAAGAACCACAUUCACCACAAUACAGGCUUCAUGUCGGUGGCGAAAACAAAGAUAAGGAUACACAAGCCUAG